UGACAAGAAUCGCGAAGAGCUGAGAAUCGCGAUCGUUGAUCACCGCGGCGGCACACGACACGACAGCAAGACACAGUCGGUGUCGGAAGAGGACGAAGGUUCUGUGGCACCAAUCGCUCUCUUUGAAUAUCUCUUUGGGGAUAUCUAGUUUCUGUUUGUUGCUGUUGGUUGUCAUCAGAUAAUGGAGUACAUAACAACUCCGAAGAUUGAAAAUGUGCGACUCGUCGAUCGGUUCCAUGCUCGUAAGCCCGCAAUGGGAGCACUCUACCUAACCGCAACACAUUUGAUUUUCUCCGAUCCAGCAGGCAAAAAAGAGACUUGGAUAUUACAUAUGCAUGUGGCAUCUGUGGAGAAACUGCAGUUAACAACAGCAGGAUCACCUCUCCAGAUUCGUUGCAAGACAUUCCAGAUGGCAACCUUCAUCAUCCCCAGAGAAAAAGAUUGCCAAGCUCUGUACAAGUCACUGCAAAAAUUAUCUAGGCCAGGGCGUCUCGAAGAUUUGUACGCUUUCCACUACAAAUCAGCCAGCAUUGACACACCUAUCUCGGAAGGUUGGGAUGUACUAGACAUGGAAUCUGAAUACGCACGUAUGGGUAUACCAAAUGAAAAUUGGCACCGUACGAAAAUCAACGAAAACUAUCAAAUUUGUGAUACAUACCCAAGGCAGAUUUAUGUUCCUACAUCGGCCACAACUCCUGUCCUCGUUGGUAGUGCUAGUUUUAGAAGUAGAGGACGGCUUCCAGUCUUGUCAUAUCUUCAUCGAGAUAAUUAUGCUACUAUAACCAGGUGCAGUCAACCACUUGCAGGAUUCAGUGCCAGAUGUCUAGAAGACGAGCAAAUGCUUCAAGCCAUACUUAAAUCAAACCCAAAAAGCACCUUUAUGUAUGUGGUUGAUACUAGGCCUAAGAUUAAUGCAAUGGUGAAUAAAGCCUCAGGAAAAGGAUAUGAAAAUACAGACUUCUAUUCAAAUAUAAAGUUUAAAUUCAUAGGUAUCGAGAAUGUACAUGUUAUGAGAAACAGUCUACAGAAACUUGUUGAAGUAUGUGAAUAUAAGAAUCCAACUAUGGAAGCUGUGUUAAGUGGUCUUGAAAGCAGUGGUUGGCUGAAACAUAUCAAAGCUGUGAUGGAUACCUCAUUGUUCAUAGCUAAGGCUGUAUCAGAAGAGGCUGUUAGUGUGCUAGUUCACUGCUCUGAUGGUUGGGAUCGCACAGCUCAGACUUGCUCCCUUGCUGGCAUGAUUCUGGAUCCUUACUACCGAACCAUUCAAGGUUUCCAGGUUCUUGUGGAAAAAGAAUGGUUGGCUUUUGGCCAUAAAUUUCUUGACAGAUGUGGAUUGAUAAAUUGCGAUUCAAAAGAACAAUCACCAGUAUUCACACAGUUUAUAGAGGGUGUUUGGCAUCUGAUGGAACAGUUUCCAUGUGCAUUCCAGUUUAAUGAACGAUUUUUACUGGAGGUUCAUGACCAUGUCUACUCUUGCCAAUUUGGAACAUUCCUUGGUAACUGUGAAAAGAAACGGACGGAGAGCAAGCUAUCAGAAAGGACGUACUCACUGUGGGGUUACAUGAGGAGUCGGAUGUCAGACUAUGUAAAUCCGUUAUAUCGUAGAGAUCAUCCGGUCACCAAGGGCAUUUUGAAACCAAAUACAAGUCCACAAAUGUUCAAGUUUUGGCGUGGAAUGUACAACCGGUUUGAAAAUGGUCUUCAUCCACGGGAAUCACUACAAGAUGUAAUGAGUGCGAUGAAGGAUCGCACAUCUUCACUCGCUGAUCACAAACAAUUCCUUGAAGAUAAAGUUGCUCAACUGAAAAGACUUUUAGGAAAAGAAGCUGAUACAAAUGAUGUAAUAGAACAAGAAAAUGUAGAAGACGAUGCCAAUAAAAGAAGUGAAGAAGAAACUCAAAGAACUUUAGUGAAUCAUGAAGGACAUAAUGAAAGUAAAAAUAGAGAAAGCACUGUCAUCCAGAAUGGAAGUCAUUUACCCAGAAGUGAGAUUCCAACAGAUAGUGCCCAAGACACUUCAAGAUACAGUACAGAAAUUGAUGAAAUCUUAUCAGCAAAUCUGCUAAACUUAGCUGUUGAAUCAGUGUGUCUCGAUUGGAAGAGAAUCAGAAAUAUACGCCAGUGCUCCUGUGCCACACCCUUUGACCAUUUUAGUAGAAAGUAUCAUUGUUGGUGCUGUGGACAGGUGUUCUGUAUACGUUGCAUUGACAAGCAAACGCCUCUACCUGGUCACUACUCUCAACGUCCUGUACCUGUCUGUCGUCCUUGCUACAAACAGCUAAAGACUGGUUCCUCAUCACCUACCACACCACCUAUGUCCCCUGUGUCUGUUUCCUCAUCAUUUAGUUAUGAUGAUUCAUUUAUGGGUAACUCUACUUAGGUUAAUAUGUUGGUUUCAGGACCUUGCAUUGUGUGUACUAUUUUGUGUGUUGUUGGCAAUAUUCACUGCCCUUGAUUUAAGUUACAAAGUUACAUCAACACUGCACAGGCAGCUUUAAUGAUGUGGGUGUGACCACUUUCAGGUCAACUUUUGAAUGCAAUUACCUUUGAGUUCAAACUUGGUGGGUAGCACUAUAUCUGAGCAAUUUGUUCAUCAUCCUCUUGCAUAUAAGCCCACCUUGGUGUGAUGUCUACGGCAUCUAAAAUACCUGCGAAUGCCUCCUUAAUUUUUAAUUUGAAAAUUGAAAAAAUAUAAAUCACCCUUUGAAGGUGAAACAUAAUUAAGUGAAUGACACACUACUCCUAGCAAAAUCCCUUCAUGAUUAAGGUCUAGUUUACCUAACCCUUUGCUUUAGUUAAGAUUUAGUCUUUUGAACCAAUAAGGAGAAAAGUUGUUGAAAUUGUUGUGAGAUUAAGAAAUCACAGCUCAGAUUGUAAAGCCAACUUGGAAAUCAUUACUUUUCAAUCUAAGGUAUAAUCCAAAAUCCACUUUAAAUUCUAUUUAAAUCUUUUUAUUCCUCUCAUAUACAAGGAUGUGUGAAAGCCAGUAAUAGUUGUCUCUAUCUCUAUUUCUUAUUUGCUAAUUGAUAUUUAUUUUUUUCACCAAGGAUGUUAUUGGUAUAAUAAUAAUAUAUUAUUUUUUAUAUAUUAUAUAAAUCAGAAUAUAUAUUAUAUUUUAAAUGAAUAUAUUUUAUUUAUCUUCAAAAACGUUGGCAUAAUUUUCGCCUUUAUUCUUUACUGUCACUAAAUAUAUAGAAUGUAAUUAUGUGGUGAAAACUACUACAUUUCGAACAUGAAAUUGGGUUUGUUCAGGGACCAGAAAAUAUUGUAGAGAGGCUGGUUGGCCUAAAACUCAGAGGCUAGAAAAUGCAAUGUGUACUGAGGCUAAAGUGUAAUGAAACUGCUUAGCAAUACUAAUUGAAUUAUUGGAUGGGAUCAGAAGAUUGUAUUUAUUUUUUAAAUAUAAUAUUGCUUAAAAUUCCCAAAUGACAUCUUUGACUAACUAAAUUUACCACCUUGAACCAAUUACGGAAAUCAAAUGACUGCCUGAUGGUGAUCAGCUGACGUGCCAUGAUGAUGUGCACGCAAUGUAUCAACGAUUGGUUCUGACUGUCGUCUAGAGCUUUAGAAGUAGCGGAGUUGGAUUCAUCGUACGACAUAGAGAGUGUGAUAGACCUGCUACGGAAAUGUAAAAAUAUACAGGACUAUCAGACAGGAGGAGGCCCACACCAACGCAGCCCACCAUGGUUGGAGUUGAGGCUAAACACUUUUAAGACAACGGUACCCCUAGACCUCUAAAUUUCAUAUUUCAACACUGAGUAGGUAUUGGAAGCAAUGGACCAAUGGUUGUUUAAGGCAAUCUAUUUCAUUUUUAGAAUAGAGUAUUCUACUCUUGUUGUAUGCAUGAGCCUAUAUAGUAAAUAAUAAACUUUUAACUACAUUUGACAAAUGUGGACCGCUGGAUCGUGGGACAGCAGUGUGCGCUCUAUUGAGUGAUUAGUCCAACUUUAGGGUUGCAUUUAAAUUUAAAGUUAUUUAAAUUGUUACUUAGUCUGUGGUUACAUACUUUUGGAGCAGGAGUAAAGAAAAAGAAUGUAAUUUUAAAGUCUUUAUUUAAUGGAUGUAUUAAGAUAUAAUAAGUAAUUUGGAGUAGAGUCAAAAUAAUAAUAGUGAUAAAAAAAAAUAUACUUUUUACUUGUUGAUUUUAGAUUGAAAAUUAUUGUUGCUCAUCAUUGAGUUAAUGGCUAUGUUCCCACACGGCAGCUAACGGUUAGCAGGAUCCGGAUACUGGCAACCCUUAGCCGCCGUGCGUCAAUAUGAGAAAAUCUUGAUCCGGAUACAAAGAAUAUGAUGACUGAAUCGCUGACCAAUAGGAAACUCUAAAUUGUAAAUGUGAAUGGUUGAUGGUAGAAACGCGCUCAAUUUGCUAACCGAUAGCGCUGCUAACCAUUAGCGCUAACCAACAGGCGUUCUCACACGUGCUGAUGGUUAGCGCUAACGGUUAGCUCUCAAUCUGGAUAUUAGGGCUCUCGUGAGGACCAGGCUGUUGACAACCAUCAGCUUUUGGUUAUGGCAGCCUGUAUGAACUGCAUAUUACUAACGUGUGAGGUCUCACUGCAAAAUCAGGUGCAUUGUUGGCAAGGUCUUAUUGAGGUAAUAACCGAAAUAAAUCUGUAAAAAUUUUGAUUUUAAUGUACUAUUUAUGAUAUUUUAUUUUUUAUGUUAAUUUUUUUUUUCCUCAUUCAUAUUUUUUGCUUAUUAUAGGUUAGACUGAUUUUCUUAAUAUUGUAAGGCUCUCAUAUUUAAAUACCUGUUAUUCCAACUUUUUAAUAUGGUAAUCCUAUAAUUCAAACAUGUCACCUUGUCAGCCUCUUUUCCUCUAUUUCGAUUAAAUUGUUCUUCAACAAUUUGAUUUAAAUAGAUACAGUAUUCGUAAAAUACACUAAAAAACCUUUUCAUCUAAUAAAAAGUUAUCAACAAAGAGGAAAUAGCUUUGGAAAAAAGAAUAUCAUUCAUCUGAUGCUCUCUAUUAAUAGUGACCGUUUUACACUGACAAUGCACCUAAAUAUUAAAAAAUUCAGAGACUUCUGUUGGUCACCCACGGAUCUUAAUUAGAAUCGUUAACGGUUUCAUUGUAAUGAAUCGGCUAUAAAAUUGAAACAACCUCAAAACAGUCAAGUGUUUGAAUUCACAACAUAUAUUUACAAUAGAUUUAAUAUACCAAAUUUUACGACUUAUUUUUAUGGGUAUUUGAGUGAUUAAUAUAUAUUAACGUUUAUUGUUUCAUUUUUGUUUCUAAUGGAGUCCAGGGAAUAUAUCUUUAUUACUAGGUAUUGAAUACUGAUAUAAAAAAACCAUUAUAAUUAAUUUGUUUUCGGGCAUUUAUACAUAUAAUGCAGGAAAGCUUGUAAAAUUUAGUUUACUAAUGGUAGGUGGGCCGCACCCAUAAGGUUGUCAGGUCUGAAUGGACCUUUCCGCUAAGCCCCGACCUUGGAUAUUGUUGCUAUGGUCCCAUAAGACGACAGUGUUAAAACCGCGAACACAUGCGUUUGUGGGACAGCACGCGUGUUUGUGAGACGUGUACGUAUUCCUACCGCUGUUACUGUAUGCUGGCGACCCUAUUUGAAUUCCAGGAUGUAAACUUCAAAUGCGCACAUCCCUGUAUCUAUUCUAGGAAAACCAUUCAAAACCCAAAUUGACAUUUUAUAGUAAAGUAUGAUUUACUCAAGGGUGCUAUACUGAUUUUUUGAUUUUCCAAUGACUUGAGACUUAUUUGUAGUGAGAUCUUACAAGCUUUGCUGGCCAUGCCACUUUUUAUUAUGUGGAAAAAAAAUCAUUAUUUUUUUCCUCUCUCUUUCAACUGAGGUUUCAUGAAAGACACAUUUUAUUUCCAAAUGUUGAUUAGUAUCCAUCUGUCACAAGUUUGAGUAACUGAAUAUCAGUUUUAUCAAGCAAUAAAUCUUAGAUACUGUUAUAAUUUAUUUGAGACUUUUGAUAUUGAAAUAAAUUUCAAGUUGUGCUUGAAAAAUAUUGUACUGGGCCUACAAUUAAUGUGCAUUGAUAUGGUAUGUAUGGAGUUAUGUUAAAGGAUUACUUAAUUGUGAUUUUAGCAGUAAGACAUUGUUCUUCAACAAUUAUGAUUUUGAUUUAUAAUUAUUUUAACAAUAGGUUUUUACUUAAACAUACAGCAGUUCCUGAACAGGGUUCAUUUAAAUCAAUUCCUUGUAUAGUUAUCUCCAUUCUCCUGUUUGGGUGCUGGCUUGGCUGGGAAGUUACUUUUUUUUUUCCAUUUCCGUACAUGUGUACAUUGUUUUUACAGCACAUAAACUUUUUGUAUUUAACGCUUUACAAAUUUAAAACCAUUAAAGUAUAUUGAAUGCAGUUUGUAGAAUUUCAGGGUAGUCCUGUAAAUCCUUAUCUACAAUCAAUAUUUUUGGCAAAUGUAUGUUGCUCCCAGGUUAUACAUCUCAGUGGUGCAUAGCUGUAGGAUAUGGGGUGUGUACAUGUAUGGAUGGGAUGUUAAAAACUUGUGUAGGUAUGGCCAUUAUGUUUAUAUUACGCUUGUAUGCAUUAAUUCUUGCAUAGAUGUUGUUAUGUUGAGAAUGUAUCAAUGUUUUGAUUGAGUAGCAUCAAAAGAAGAAUAAUAAUGAAGACGAAUCGUUCAUGGAAAAUCUUCAAAGUGGAUGGUAAAACAAUAUUUUUGUUAUUAUUUAUACUAAUUGUUAUUUUUGUAGUAGUAGAUGCAUACAAAUCGAUAAAAAUGUCUUUCGAUCCCAAAAUAUUUUAUGAGAUUGUGUGUAAAUUAUGAAUGUCGGAAUUAAAAGUAAGUUAGAUAUGUAUUUGUUGUAGUAAAUAGUAAAGAAAUUAAAUGUUAAAAUACAAAUAAUAUAAAGUAUAAUUACAAAUAUAUUAAUUAUGACGUCGUAUGUCAAAGAAGAGAAUAAAAAGUGUAUAAAUCUAAAAUUA